GUGGGGCUGGCUGCUUGCCACGCUUUUCUCCAGUACGGUACUUUUUCUCUCCUCCUCCAGCCUUCCUUUUCUAGGCCCUGUUGGCCAAGCUGGCGUCGGCGGAGCCACCCCUGUGGCCAAAGGGGAGCUGAGACAGAGCGGCCCAAGGCUGGGUGUCAUUCGGGCUCUAAGACCCAGAGGACGGCCAGCCCACUGGCUGGCUGACUGCUCCCGCGUUGACAGCAGCGGCGGUGGCUGCAGCUACAGCUCCUCGGGGCUGGAGGGAGCUACCGGGAGAGGCACUGCGAGAAGUGCCGGGUUGUUCCUGCUGACCCGGCUCAGCAUGGCCUUCAUGGAGAAGCCGCCGGCUGGUAAAGUACUACUGGACGACACGGUGCUGCUGACAGCAGUGAUCGAGGCGAGCCAGAGCCUGCAUUCGCACACGGAAUACAUCAUUCGUGUGCAAAGAGGGAUUUCCAUGGAAAACAGCUGGCAGAUUAUAAGAAGAUAUAGUGACUUUGAUUUGCUGAAUAAUAGUUUGCAGAUUUCUGCUCUUAGCCUACCUCUUCCUCCCAAAAAGUUGAUUGGAAAUAUGGAUCGUGAAUUUAUAGCUGAGAGACAGAAAGGACUCCAGAACUAUCUCAAUGUAAUUACUUCCAAUCACAUACUGUCCAACUGUGAACUGGUAAAGAAAUUUUUGGAUCCAAACAAUUAUUCUGUAAACUAUACUGAGAUUGCUUUACAGCAUGUUUCAAUGUUCUUUCGGUCAGAGCCAAAGUGGGAAGUAGUGGAACCAUUAAAGGAUAUAGGCUGGAGGAUACGGAAGAGGUAUUUCUUAAUGAAGAUUAAGAAUCAACCAAAGGAGCGGCUAGCAUUAAGCUGGGCUGACCUGGGACCCGACAAAUACCUGUCAGACAAAGAUCUUCAGUGUGCUGUGAAACUACUUUCUUCAUGUUCUCAUCCCUAUAUUUACAAAGUCACUUUUGCAACAGCCAAUGAAUCUUCUGCACUGGUGAUUAGACCCUUCAGUGAAAAAGGAACACUGAAAGACCUAAUAUAUAAGGCAAAACCAAAAGAUCCAUUUCUGAAGAAGUACUGCAACCCGAAGAAAAUUCAAGGCCUUGAACUUCAGCAAAUUAAAACAUUUGGCAGACAAAUUCUAGAGGUCUUAAAGUUCUUACACGAGAAAGGAUUUCCAUAUGGCCACCUUCAUGCUUCCAAUGUAAUGUUGGAUGGGGACACAUGCAGGUUACUGGACUUGGAGAAUUCAUUGCUGGGGCUUCCAUCCUUCUAUCGGUCCUAUCUUACACAGUUCCGUAAAAUUAAUACUUUAGAAAGUAUCGAUGUGCAUUGCUUUGGUCACUUACUGUAUGAAAUGACUUAUGGGAGACCCCCAGACUCUGUUCCAGUAGACAGUUUCCCUCCUGCACCAUCUGCAUCUGUAGUGACUGUACUGGAAUCCAUUGUUUCUCCUGAAGCCAUGAAGAAUGGCAUGCCAACUGUCUCCCGACUCUUACAAAUGCCGUUAUUCAGUGAUGUCCUUUUAACAAAUUCAGAAAAAACACAGUUUAAGAUUCCUACUAAGUUAAAAGAAGCAUUGAAGAUUGCCAAAGAAUGCAUAGAGAAGAGGCUGGUAGAAGAACAGAAACAGAUUCAUCAACAUAGAAGACUGACAAGAGCUCAGUCUCAUCAUGGUUCAGAGGAAGAGAAAAAAAAGAGGAAGAUCUUAGCACGAAAGAAAUCUAAACGCUCGGCCUUCGAAAGUGGGGAGGAACAGACAAUGAAAUACAGCAACUCAAACAAUUCAGCAGGCUCUGGGGCGAGUUCACCUCUGACAUCGCCUUCUUCCCCUGUUCCACCUUCUACAGCAGCAGGCGCCUCAACAAUUCCUCCUCCGCCGCCGCCACCACCACCAGCAGCUCCCCCUCCUCCUCCUAAUUUGGAUGUGCCAACACAGCCUGAUGUGCUGCCUGUUAACAGCACAAGCCGGGGCGCCUUACUCAGUUCCAUUCAGAGUUUCCAGAAAGGAGCUCUGAAGAAGACAGAAACCUGUGACUACAGUGCUCCUAGAAUCAGCUGAAACUGUUUACACCAAUGCAGCUUGGAUAUUUUUGUGUUCUAGGAACAAAUCUUAAACAACUGUUUGAUUUAGUCACCACCUGGUGAUGUCUUGUUUUAUAGCUGCCUGUUUAGAGCCAUUUCAAGCUCCCCCCCCCUGCAAUCUCUUAAUUGAAUAGCAGUACUAUGUUGAAUUGCUCUCUCAUUUUGAAGGGUGAAAUGUCAGUUCCAGUUUAAAGGAACUCUUAUUCUUUUAGGGGAUCUUGUUUUGGGGAUGUUGUAUUUCUACUAGAAUAAAAAAAAUAGUUCAACAAUG